ACGCUGACAUUUAGUCUUUCAAAAUCAAACACUAAGCCCUACUCGUCGGUAGCCGUCGCAAGGUAUCGCCGCCGCCGCUACCAUUCAGUCCACUCUCCGGCGUCCGUCUCAACUCAACGUUUGCGUCCGUGUCGUCAGAAUUCAGUUAUGGUGGGGCUCUCGCUAGGGGAGAAAACAUUUAUAAAAGGUGGGAUUGAUCAGGAUUUACGUACUGAUGGUAGGAAACGACUAACGCACCGACCCAUUUUUGUUGAAACUGGUAUCAUUCCUCAGGCAAGUGGCUCAGCAAGAGUGAAGCUCGGGGCAACAGAUGUUAUUGCUAGUGUAAAGGCUGAGCUUGGAAAACCAAAUCCAUCAUAUCCCGACAAAGGAAAAGUUUCCAUAUAUGUUGACUGCAGUCCGACUGCUGAACCAUCUUUUGAGGGCAGAGGGGGUGAAGAAUUAUCCACAGAGUUUUCUUCAGCACUUGAAAGGUGUUUGUUGGGUGGUAAAAGUGGUGCAGGUACGACUUACAAGCACAUGAUGAUUAGGUCCGCAAUUUAUGUUCGCUGCAUAAAUAGUUAUAACAAUUUAUGGUCUCCCGAAUUUGCUCCAGGUGCUGGAAUUGAUCUGUCAUCUCUGUGCAUUGUUCGAGGGAAGGUCUGUUGGGAUCUUUACAUUGAUGGUCUUGUUGUUAGUUCAGAUGGUAACGUGCUGGAUGCUUUGGCCGCUGCCAUUAAGGCUGCCCUAAGCAAUACAGCUAUUCCAAAAGUUCAAGUUUCUGCCAACGCUCCCUCUGAUGAGCAGCCGGAGGUUGAUGUGAGCGAUGAGGAGUUUCUACAAUUUGACACGUCAGGGGUCCCUGUUAUAGUCACUUUAACAAAGGUUGGGAGGCAUUAUAUUGUAGAUGCAACUACGGAAGAGGAGUCCCAGAUGAGUUCAGCUGUGUCAGUCUCAAUCAACAGGCAAGGGCGGAUAUGUGGUCUGACAAAAAGAGGGGGCGCUGGCCUUCAUCCAACUGUUAUACUCGAUAUGGUAUCGGCCGCCAAACAUGUAAGUGAGCAGUUGAUGAACAAAUUGGAUUCAGAAAUAGCUGCGGCUGAGGCUUGCGAUGAGAUGGAAUCUUAAUCUCACUAUGUGGGUCGUUGUUUCUUGCUUCUAUACUGACAUGCGAAGUUCCAAGUCUAAUUUAUGUCAACUAUAGACUAAAUCUAAUGUAAUAUCUCUAGUUAAUUGAUGAUUUGGCAUUUUAGUGUUGCAAUUGAAUUUUGGACAAGUUUGACAA